CCCCGGCUCCAACCUCCUCUCAGGGAAUUUUAGAGAGCGACAGUGGAUAAUGUCACCCCGAGCUUCCUUUUCUCCUUCUGAACAGCCACAGCUCUCUCGGCCGCUCCUUGUAAGACUUGUGCUCCAGCCCCUUCGCCACCUUCGUCGCCCUUCUUCGGACUCCGAGGGACACCAACAGUCUUUAACAACCAUGAGCAACCCUUUUGUACGGAUUGUGGAGCCACUGGACCCGAAACAGCCUCUGAAGAAAUUCUUUAAUCUGAGCAAAUUGGAAGAUGUGAGAUAUGCUCGCCUGCCAUUUUCCAUUCGAGUCCUCCUGGAAGCAGCUAUCCGUAACUGUGAUGAGUUCCUAGUAAAGAAGGGAGAUGUUGAGAAUAUUCUCAACUGGAAAGUGAUGCAACACAAGAAUGUUGAAGUGCCAUUUAAGCCUGCAAGAGUUAUUCUGCAAGACUUCACGGGGGUACCUGCUGUCGUUGACUUUGCUGCAAUGCGUGAUGCUGUGAAGAAACUUGGUGGGGACCCUGAAAAAAUCAAUCCUAUAUGUCCUGCUGAUCUCGUGAUCGAUCACUCCAUCCAGGUUGAUUUUAACAGGCAGCCAGACAGCUUGCAAAAAAAUCAGGACCUGGAAUUUGAAAGGAACAAAGAAAGAUUUGAAUUUUUAAAGUGGGGCUCUCAAGCCUUUAAAAACUUCAGGAUUAUUCCACCAGGCUCUGGGAUCAUCCACCAAGUGAACCUGGAGUACUUGGCAAGAGUGGUGAUGGAUCAGGAUGGCUACUACUAUCCAGACAGUGUGGUGGGCACUGACUCACACACCACCAUGAUAGAUGGCUUGGGAGUGCUUGGCUGGGGUGUGGGUGGCAUUGAAGCAGAAGCAGUGAUGUUGGGACAGCCGAUCAGCAUGGUGCUUCCUGAGGUGGUUGGCUAUAAGCUGGUAGGAAACCCUCAGCAACUGGUAACAUCCACUGACAUUGUACUCACCAUUACCAAGCAUCUUCGCCAAGUCGGAGUGGUGGGUAAAUUUGUGGAGUUUUUUGGUCCUGGUGUUGCCCAGCUGUCCAUUGCUGACCGAGCCACCAUUGCCAAUAUGUGUCCAGAGUAUGGAGCAACAGCUGCCUAUUUCCCAGUGGAUGAUAUUAGCAUUGGGUACCUGAUACAAACGGGCCGUGACAAAGAGAAGGUUAUGUACACAAAAAGGUAUCUUGAGGCUGUGGGAAUGCUAAGAGAUUUCAAGAACUCCUCUCAGGAUCCAGACUUCACACAGGUUGUUGAAUUGGAUCUCCAUACUGUUGUACCUUGCUGCAGUGGACCAAAAAGACCUCAGGACAAAGUUGCUGUGUCAGAUAUGAAGAAGGACUUUGAGACUUGUCUGGGAGCCAAGCAAGGAUUCAAGGGAUUUCAAAUUGCCCCUGACCGACACAACAGCAUAGUCAAAUUUAAUUUUGAGGGCCAGGACUUCGAGCUUACUCAUGGUUCAGUAGUGAUUGCUGCCAUUACAAGCUGUACAAACACCAGUAAUCCCUCAGUCAUGUUGGGUGCAGGAUUGCUUGCUAAGAAGGCUGUUGAAGCUGGUUUGACAGUGAAGCCAUACAUUAAAACUAGCCUGUCCCCAGGAAGCGGGGUUGUCACUUACUAUCUGAGGGAGAGUGGAGUUAUGCCUUACCUUUCUCAACUAGGGUUUGAUGUGGUGGGUUAUGGCUGUAUGACAUGUAUUGGCAAUAGUGGACCCCUACCAGAGUCUGUUGUUGAGGCCAUUACACAGGGAGACCUUGUGGCAGUGGGUGUGUUGUCUGGCAAUAGGAAUUUUGAAGGGCGUGUGCAUCCCAACACCCGUGCUAAUUACCUGGCUUCCCCGCCGCUGGUGAUAGCCUAUGCAAUUGCAGGGACCAUCCGGAUCGACUUUGAGAAAGAGCCUUUAGGAAUAAAUGCUUCGGGGAAGAAGAUUUUCCUGAAAGAUAUCUGGCCAACAAGAAAUGAGAUUCAGGCUGUUGAGCGUCAGUUUGUUAUUCCUGGGAUGUUCAAGGAGGUCUACGAGAAAAUAGAGACAGUAAACAAAGCUUGGAAUGCCUUAGAUGCUCCUACAGAUAAACUGUAUACUUGGAAUCCCAAGUCUACUUAUAUCAAGUCUCCUCCAUUCUUUGAUGGUCUGACUUUGGCUCUUCAGACCCCAAAAACAAUAGAAGACGCUUAUGUCCUAUUGAGUUUUGGGGAUUCUGUGACAACUGACCACAUAUCUCCAGCUGGGAACAUAGCAAGAAAUAGUCCUGCAGCCCGUUAUUUGACCAGCAGAGGCUUGACUCCUCGAGAGUUCAAUUCUUAUGGCUCCCGCAGAGGGAAUGAUGCUGUCAUGGCCAGAGGGACAUUUGCAAACAUUCGCUUAGUCAACAAGUUUAUUGAUAAACAAGGACCUCAGACGAUCCAUUUCCCUUCUGGGGAAACUCUGGACGUGUUUGAUGCUGCAGAAAGAUACAAGCAGGCUGGUCAUCCUCUGAUUGUGCUGGCUGGGAAGGAAUAUGGUGCAGGAAGUUCCAGAGACUGGGCUGCUAAAGGACCAUUCCUCUUGGGUGUCAAGGCUGUGCUUGCUGAAAGCUAUGAGAGAAUUCAUCGAAGCAACCUAGUAGGAAUGGGAGUGAUUCCUCUGCAGUAUUUACCUGGAGAGGAUGCAGGAACUUUAGGACUCACUGGACGGGAGCGUUACACAAUUAUUAUUCCUGAAAAUCUAAAACCACAGAUGAAUGUCCAGAUUAAGCUGGACACUGGGAAAACCUUUCAUGCCAUCAUGAGAUUUGACACUGAUGUGGAGCUCACUUACUUCCACAACGGCGGCAUUCUGAACUACAUGAUCCGGAAAAUGGCAUCCUAAUUAAAAAAAAAAAUUAAGCAAAAAGGUCCAGGUACAAGCCUGCUUCCUCUGAGCACAAUGAAACUAUAGUAAUCUUGCAUUUCAAAGUGUGAACCAUAACGUGAACAGUUUUUUCCAUGGAUUGUAUUAGAAGGCUUGUUUACAGUGCUGAAUUUUUCUGUGUACCAGGAAACUGGACACAACCCUAUAAAAUAAACAGCAUUUAUUAA